AUGCAAAAUGUGAAAAUCUGCGAGGUUAGCCGAAGAGCAACCAAAGACGCUGCAUGGGAAACCUAAACAUGGGAGAUGCUAGAGCAAAUUUUUAGUUGUGGCAGAGGUAGCUAUUUCGUAUAUAGCUCACUUUCUUUUCCCAUUGUAAUCUCCUUGUGAAUAUGCUUAGCGAACAACAGGAUUCACAUAUCAUAUAUUUUUUGACAAACUUAUAGGUCCAGAUCUUGCAGUCCCCGAAGGAGAUCACUGGGUCGUUAUCCAAGGUAAGAUCUCCCUACCCCAUUAACCGUAAUUUUCAGGUGCGAGUAGGCAAAAGAAACUAAUCAAAGCGAAACAUGGCGAUCAGCAACAUAUGAGCAGUCUGAAACAUACAACAGUUUUUCUUAAUUUUUUUUAGGUCCUGGUCAAGAAGUCCACGCAGAUCGCCGAUAAGCCGAUAUUCCAGGUAAUCACAUCUUGCUUUAUAAUUUUAUUAAAUUUUUCAGGGCCUUACCAAGCACAGCCAAUCUACAAAUUGCAAGUAGGUAUUUUACAAGUACCGCUUGUAUUGUGAUCAUCGCAAUUUUGCACGCAGAAUCACAAUAUAUCAUAUAAAACAUAUAGAGAUAAUUCUAUUCGAAAUGUAUUGAACACUGAGAAUUGCGUAAUUGUCACGAUCGGCGGUCAAGUAUUGUUAAUUGAUUGGCAUAAGUUGGAGAGGACAGGACUAAAAUGGAUAGAUAGACGGAAGACGAAGAAAUAA